AUGUAUGCCGAUAAUACGCAUCUUACCUACGCUGAUAAAGAUUGCUAUGAUGUACGUUUUCCAGACCUGUCCCUUAUUUUAGCCCAGCAGGGAGCCGACAUCUUUACAUUCCCAUCAGUAUUUACUCAGUUCACCGGAUCAACACACUGGGAGGUUUUAUGAAUAUGUCGUGCUGUAGAGAACCAAUGUUAUGUCAUAGCUGCUGCACAAACUGGACAGCACAAUGCUAAACGACGGUCUUAUGGUCACGCUAUGGUUGUGGAUCCUUGGGGCUGUGUUGUUGCUCAGUGUCACGAAGGAAAUGAUGUGAGUGUAGCAGAAAUUGACCUUGGAUACUUAAACAAGGUUCGGCAACAGAUGCCGUUGAUGAAUCAUAGGAGAAGUGAUAUCUAUGGAAGCCUUAAUUCGGGGCCGAAACUUUGAGAAUGUUUUAA